AUGGAAUCAUCAGCAAAAGGAACACCACAAAGUUAUAUAGAUGUUUACAAAAACUGUUGGAAUGAUGACCCAGAUAAAAGACCUGACAUUAAUGAAAUUGAAAAAUUACUAGCUCAACAUAGAAGAAGUUCAUUUAAUGGUGCGGCAUUUACAUCAUCAUCUACAUCAUCAUCUACAUCAUCAUCUACAUCAUCAUCUCCAUCAUCUCCAUCAUCUCCAGUAACCAAAUUUCAUCAAAUUCCACAAAGUCCAACAAAAUUAAAUUCUUCAAACAAUAGUAUAGAAAGUAAUAAAAAAAUUAUAGCAGAUACUGAUUCAACAUUUUUUGAAAAUUUAUUAAAGUUCUUUAUAGAAUUAUUAGAAUUAUCGGGUGAUAAUAACUAUAUAAUAUCCAGUCUAAAGGGAUUUUUACAUAAUCAUAUGAGAGAACACAAAUCAACUUUUAAAUCAUUACUAAAAAAUUAUAAUGACGAUUCAGAUUUUAAUUUCAUAAUAGGAUUUUUCUAUGAAAAUUCUAUUGGUACAGUGCAAGACAAACAAUUGGCUUUCGAACAUUAUGAAAAAUCCGCAAAAACUGGUAAUUCCAUAGGUCAAUAUUUUUUAGGCAGGUGUUAUUAUUGGGGAUUCGGGAUAAAGGUUGAUAGAAAAAAAGCUUAUGAAUGGUUAAAAAAAUCUGCAGAUAAUGAUAAUUUUAAAGGUAAAUGGCUAUUAGGUUUAUGUUAUGAAAGAGGCUAUGGCACAACAAAAGAUUUGAAACAAGCAUUUGAAUUGUUUUUGAGUUCUGCUGAAAAUGGUAAUGUUGUUAGUCAGAUGGAACUAGGCAGAUGUUACGAAGAAGGUGUUGGUACCAAAAAAAAUAUUAAUCAGGCUAUUGAAUGCUAUCAGCAAGCCUCUAAACGUGUUAAAAUAGAAUUACAAUAUUUUCUAAUAACACCAACAACAUUAAAUGAUAAUAAUCAAGUGUCAAUAAAUGAAUUAUCAUCUUCUUCUUCAUCUACAUCUCACUUAGCAUUAAAAGAAGCGUUGAAACAAGUAGCAGGGCUAUUUGAAAAAAAUAUAACAAUAAUAUUUUAUCAUAAUAGACAAGUACCAACUUUUAAUUUAUUAUCCACCACUCAUUCAUUAGUUAAAAAUGAAACAGCACCAUUUCAUAAUAUAAUUAAAAACAUUCUGAUACCUUAUUCAGGUGUUGGUUAUACAAUUCUAAUGAAUUUUGAGGAAGAAAUUCAAUUAUAUUUGAAAAGAGAAAUUCCUGAAUUAACCUGGUGGAUGCAAAAACCAACUGAUCUACCAAAUAGAUUUGUGUUGCAUCUCACUUUAAAUGAUAGAUUCUUAAAACAACUUAUAAUCAAGAAUUCAUGUUUAUCAUCUAUUAAUACUAAAUAA